UCACUUGUUAAAAUUCACCUACUUGUGACUUUAACGUGGAGCUUUUGUGGGCGGUACGAAUCAGAUAAACCUCGAACCCUGACCAGGGUUUUAGAACCAUCUCAAUCUUACCUUCCCUUAGCUCUCUGCUGAAUACAAGCCCAUAUUUAUCAGGUGAACAAACAAGUAAAUUUCAUAUGGCUGCAACAGGCAUGAUCACAGCCCCAAGUUUCGGCUUCUUCUCUGUAAACAGAAGUAACAGAGCCAGUAGCAAGUUCAGAAGCAUAAAUGUGCAAUGUCAUGGUGUAAAGGGAAUGCAUGUAGAGAAGUCUCUGGAGGAAUUGUACAAUGUGAAGGUGGAAAGAGAAGUACCACGCAACCGAUUGGAUGAGCUUGGAGUCUCUAGAUGGUCUGUUUGGAAGACUGGAAAGUGCAAGUUGCCUUGGGACUGGCAGGUAGACCAGUUGGUUUACAUAGAAGAAGGAGAGGUGAGGGUGGUUCCUGAAGGUAGCGAACGUUACAUGCGGUUUGUGGCUGGUGAUUUAGUUCGUUAUCCCAAGUGGUUUGAGGCUGAUCUCUUCUUCAAUGGUCCAUAUCAGGAACGUUAUAGUUUCAGGGCAUAUGGUGAUGACUAUUAAUCUCAGGUUGCAUUGUUAAUUGAGUGAUUGCAGCCUGUCCUGUGAGUCGGCUUUGUUAAGGGCACAUGUCUAGCAACUCUAAGUAGUUUUGACUGAAAAAUUGCAGGCUUAAUUGCCAUAUUCUGCUAGUAUUUGAGUUGCAGUUUGUGUAAAUGGCAAGCAAGUUUAUUCUCUGCUGAUUUAAAUGGCUGUAUCAGACACUCUCUUUGGACAUUUUUCAGUUUUAAACAUCAAAAGGUUCCACCAAGGAAUUUGAUUCCA